GCCGGCGGCGGCGGUACGAGGCGCGCGCUCGGGGUCCCGGUCGCGAGGAGGAGGAGGAGGAUGUGGCGCGCGGAGGGGAAAUGGCUGCCGAAAACAAGCCGGAAGUCAAUGGGAAGACUGAACCCUUCCCAGAUACAGAUUGAUCUGUUCCCCAGAAAGACUUUAAUUAGGCCUCCUGAUGAGAUCAGUGCUGCCACUGAAUGUUCUUCUGUCUUCUCUCCAGAUGAUCAUGGGAACAGCAAUGGCAGUCAUGUAAAAAUCUUUUUACCGAAAAAGCUGCUUGAAUGUCUACCGAAAUGUUCAAGUUUACCCAAAGAGAGGCACCGCUGGAACACUAAUGAGAGAUCAUGAUGCAGACGUCCUUUUGGAUUUCUUUUUAAUAAUGUGUGACCCUUCACCUUUGAUCCCUUGACCUGCAUUACCUUGAUGGAGCAAUUAGCUGUUCAUUUUGGAUUAGCUGGUGUUAUGAGGAAUGCCUGAUCUGACUGGAGAAAUAAAUCAGCUGUAUGUGUGAGCACCAAAAUUUUAAUCGCCUCUUCAGGGUUCACCACUGAGAGCCUGUGUUUUAACUGUAGUAUUCUGCUUAAAUAUAAUGCUUUGCUUUUUUGCACCAUUGUAUUCAUAUGAAACCCAAUAAACAAAAUUUAAUAAUAAAGAAAGCUUACUCAUUAGAGAAGUUUUUUUAAGCUCACUUCAUUCUAAUUAAAAUGUUUUCAUCUGAUGGGAAGCGUAUGAGUAACACAAACUGGAAAUUAAGCAAGAAAUUAAAAUGACAUUAAUAGCUUUAUUGCAAUUUGUUUUGAGAGUUUUUUCCUCCUUAAUGAAGUUAGGCUUAGAAAGUCACCCUUUACACAUAAAUCUUUUUGACAAAUGGACUGAAAAGCAUCCUAGCAGAAGAGCAAUUUUAUAAUCGAGUUGUACGUGUGACUCUUAACUCUGCAUGUAUAGUGUAUAUCAAAAAUAGAAUGUUUUACCUUCUUAGUAUUGAUAAUAAAAAUGAUUUGUAAUCUUUCUUUGGAACUUGUGGUUA